AUGAGUGAGGAAAAAAUUGCUGUUGUAACGGGGGGAAAUAGGGGUCUCGGUUUUGACAUCGUCAAAGGUUUGUGUAAGGAAUUUAAAGGUUCUGUUUUAUUAACCUCGCGUGAGAAAAGUAGAGGUGAAAAAGCUUGUCAGGAACUUCAAAAACUAGGUUAUACGCCGCAGUAUCACCAACUCGAUGUCACCGACAAUGAUAGUAUUUUGAAAUUUUGUUCUUUGUUUAAAUCAAAAAAGAUUGAUUUAUUAGUUAACAACGCUGGAAUAUUGUUUUUAAAAGAUGCAAAAGAAUCUAUACAGUACCAAGCGGAACAAACUUUAUUCGUAAACUUUUUUGCUUUAGUUAACUUUACUGAAGCAAUUUUGCCUCUUAUAAACGAUAAUGGUACCAUUCUGAAUGUUUCGAGUUCAUCAGGCCAUUUGUCCAGGAUUCCUUCCGAGAAAUUAAGAAAAGAAAUAAGUGACCCUAAUAUUAAUUUAGCUAGUUUAAAGAGUUUGAUGCAUAAUUACAUAGAAUCUGUUAAGUUGAAUAAACAUAUUGCCGAUGGUUGGGGCGAUUCACCUUACGUGGUUUCCAAAGUCGGCUUAAAUGCCUACACUUUCAUGUUAAAUCGGAGACUUAGAGAAAGAGGUAUUUUAGUCAAUUGUAUUCAUCCUGGGUAUGUAAUGACUGAUAUGACCCGUGGUGCUGGAACAGUAAGUCCAGAGGAAGCUGCAAGGGUCGUAUUGAAAUUCGUCUUGAAUGCUAAAUCUGGAGGUUUAUAUGUAUGGUCCAAUGGUGAAAUAGUUCCAUGGGACGGACCUGAUCCACGCGGUUAUAUUGAUGGAAAACCUGUAUAGGAAAUCCCAUUUAACAUUCGUAGCAUUUCUUUUGUAUACCAAUAAUUUUGAAAAGUAUAUGUAAUACUCUUUUUUGUCACACAUUAGUGGUAAAUUAAAAUAAUACAUUUUUUGUAUAAUUAUCUUGUGAGAAACUUAUAUGCAAAAAUAAUGUGUUAUUGAUUAUUUGAUUGUUAUCUUUUACAAGUGUAAUGUUUCAAUUUGCUUAUUUAAUAUGCAAUCAAAACUAAAUAGGAAAUUUUAUUGAAAAUAUAUUUAAUUAUUAUUAGUUUUUUACUA